AGUAGUUGCGAUAAUAUAUAAGUUGGUAUACAAUCGUUGGUAUCUGUAGUUUGUGUAGCAAUUCUGCAUCAAUCUAUACUUUAGCUGGUAUUGUAAGCUAAGCUAACGUAGUAUUAAUAGUAUACUGUGUAUGUGUGCCGACUCUGUUUGGUAUAUAAGUUGGGUAUGAGUGGUGUGUAGGGUGUAGCCCAUAAGGAUGGGUAAUCCAUCACUGUCAUCGAUUACAUUGUGACGAACCCCCCAUGGUCACGAUAGAGAGAGUUAUGGUUGGCCUACCGCUAUCACGUGCUUAUGCUAAUAUGUGCUGUUGAGGUGGAGCCUGAGCACAGUUAGGCGACAUCAGCAAAGAAAAAUUAUUUCCAUCCAAUUCACCUCAAAAUUAAUGGUAUUAUUGGUCAUGAGUUCGUUUUUGAUGAACUCUUCGCCAGCGGCCUAUGCGUCGGCCGAUCCGAAGUUUCCACCGAAUGAAGAGUAUUCGCAAUCCAAUUACAUUCCGACUCUUCAGGACUUUUACGGAACCAGUGCUCAACAGACUGCUAAUGUUCCCAAUACUCAUCAAACUCAUUAUGGAUACCAUCCACACCAUCCGGCACUCAAUUAUAUUGACCAAAGUCAGCAACAAUAUCAUCACCACCACAACCAUCAUGUCGGGCCUCCAUCAGCUCCUCCACAGUACUAUACACCAUGCAGUGCUGGCGGUAUGGGUGCCGGUGCGGGUCCUCCGUCACAUGGAUCCAUUCAUCAUCAAAUUACAGCACAACAUCAAAUAUCACCACAUCAUCAGUCGUCAAUUGCACCUCAAAUGUCACAUAUGCCACGAGUAUCGAGUCCAUCGGCCCUACACCGAUCGCCAUCACCAAGAACUCAGGCCUUAAGUAUCGUUGAACCUCCUUCUCCUGGUGAUUGCGGUAUGUCUGUACAAAGUGGUAGUGACUCGGGUACUGGCAAUGGCAACGGUGGCGGACAUCCGGUGAUAUACCCGUGGAUGAAGAAGGUUCACGUAAAUCAAGGUAAAUGCAAAGUGCAAAAUGGGACCACUUUUGGUGGAAUGGAGCCCAAGAGGCAGAGGACGGCAUAUACUAGACAUCAGAUAUUGGAAUUGGAAAAGGAAUUCCAUUUUAACCGAUAUUUAACCCGAAGAAGACGUAUAGAGAUCGCACACUCCCUGUGUUUGAGUGAACGACAGAUUAAAAUAUGGUUUCAAAAUAGACGAAUGAAAUGGAAAAAAGACAACAAACUGCCGAACACUAAGAACGUGAAGAAAAAGAAUCAACAAAACAAUAACCAACAAAACAAUACCAAUAAUAGCCAACAACAACCUCAACAACAACCAAAUGCUCACGACAUAAACCCAAUGCAAAUGGCAGGACAGCCACCAAACUUGCUAACUGAACCAAAGAGUGAGGCGCCCACAUAUGGACUGACAGAAUUGUGAGGACAUAUACCAUCACACCAUUACUCGAUAGACAGUCACACUAUCAUCACAACAAUUACUUUAAUACAAAUAGUUACUAAUCAUUAUUGACAUAUAUGUGUAUCUCAUGUCAUUUAGCAUCAUUGAAAAAACAACAAAAACUAAUAUAUUAUAUAACAUGUGAUACAAAUCAGCGAUAUUUUACUGUUAAAUGAAUUGGCUGUAAACUUAUGAAAACUCAUCACUUGAUUGACAAUAAAACAAAUCAUCAUUUAAUUCACGAAUUUAUAGACCAAAGCGCCAAACGGCUACAUAAUGACUAUUAAAAAAAAACAAACAAACUUUGGGCUAACA